UUUCUCUCUCGUCGAUUUCACUGAGCGCUCCAGGUUGGGAGCAGUUCAGUCCGUUUCCCCACUACCCCGCCCCCCUUCCUCUCUUCUCCCCACCCCUCGCGUCUCAGCCCGGUGGAGGAUGAAGCGGCUGCAGUGGCCCCAGCCCCAGCAGCGGCACCGGCGGUGGCUGCGGUGGGGGUGGCCGGAACUGGGGUGGUGAAGAAGCGGUGGCGGCGGCGGCCGUGGCGGUGGCUGAAGGAGCAGCAGCCGCCCCAGCCGCUUCCCCUGUGCUUCCCUUCCUCUUGAGUGCAGUCAGGAAGUUUUUCGCUUCUGUGCAUGUGUGUGUGCGUGAGUGUGGGUGUGUAAGGUGAAGAUUUGGGCGGCGUUUGUGCAGGCGUUGGGUUUUUUGCCCACUUCUCUUCCCGUAACCCGGGUAGCUCCCGAGCCUGGGCUGUGGCCCGAAGAGGGGGCGCGGCGGCGGGCUCUCUCCUUUUGUUGUUGUUUCCUCCGCCUGGGGAGCUGAAGAGGGGACGCGCCUGGGUGGGGCGGCUCGGAGCCCGGGCCUGGUGGCCCCCGGGGCUCCCGGGCGGGCAGGGUAGGGCAGAGUAGAGCGGGCUUCAACAUGAUGGCGGCCGAGGCCGGCAGUGAGGAGGGCGGCCCGGUCACCGCCGGGGCAGCAGGAGGCGGCGGGGCCGCGGGCUCCAGUGCCUAUCCGGCAGUGUGUCGGGUGAAGAUACCCGCCGCCCUGCCUGUGGCAGCCGCCCCCUUUCCUGGGCUGGCGGAGGCUGGAGUGGCCGGGACUCUGGGUGGCGGAGCCGCUUUGGGGUCAGGGUUCCUGGGACCCGGGUCUGUGGCGGGGGCACUGGGGGGAGCCGGACUGUCAGGGGGAGGUGCUGCUGCUGGCGUGGCUGGUGCUGCCGCCGCCGGACCUGGUGGGGAGAUGGCUCUCACCAAGGGGACCACUUCGUUGCCUGCUGAGACCUUCGGGGCAGGCGGCGGAUUCCCUCCUUUGCCGCCUCCUCCUCAUCUGCCCCCUUUGGGCGCGGGCCUGGGAACAGUGGACGAAGGUGACUCUCUGGAUGGACCAGAAUACGAGGAGGAAGAGGUGGCCAUCCCGCUGACCGCUCCGCCAACUAACCAGUGGUAUCAUGGAAAACUUGAUAGAACUAUAGCAGAAGAACGCCUCAGGCAGGCAGGGAAGUCCGGCAGUUACCUUAUAAGAGAGAGUGAUCGGAGGCCAGGGUCCUUUGUACUUUCAUUUCUUAGCCAGACAAAUGUUGUCAACCAUUUUAGGAUUAUUGCUAUGUGUGGGGAUUACUACAUUGGUGGAAGACGUUUUUCUUCUCUGUCAGACCUAAUAGGUUAUUACAGUCAUGUUUCCUGUUUGCUUAAAGGAGAAAAAUUGCUUUAUCCAGUUGCACCGCCAGAGGCAAUAGAAGAUAGAAGGCGUGUUCGAGCCAUUCUCCCUUACACAAAAGUACCAGACACUGAUGAAAUAAGUUUCUUAAAAGGAGAUAUGUUCAUUGUUCAUAACGAGUUAGAAGAUGGAUGGAUGUGGGUUACAAAUCUAAGAACAGAUGAACAAGGUCUUAUUGUUGAAGACCUAGUAGAAGAGGUGGGCCGGGAAGAAGAUCCACAUGAAGGCAAAAUAUGGUUCCAUGGGAAAAUUUCCAAACAAGAAGCUUAUAAUUUACUAAUGACAGUUGGUCAAGUCUGCAGUUUUCUUGUGAGGCCAUCGGAUAAUACUCCUGGUGACUAUUCACUUUAUUUUCGGACCAAUGAAAAUAUUCAGCGAUUUAAAAUAUGUCCAACACCAAACAAUCAGUUUAUGAUGGGAGGCCGAUAUUAUAACAGCAUUGGGGACAUCAUAGAUCACUAUCGAAAAGAACAAAUUGUUGAAGGGUAUUAUCUUAAGGAACCUGUACCAAUGCAGGAUCAAGAACAAGUACUCAAUGAUACAGUGGAUGGCAAGGAAAUUUAUAAUACAAUUCGUCGUAAAACAAAGGAUGCCUUUUAUAAAAACAUUGUUAAAAAAGGUUAUCUUCUAAAAAAAGGCAAAGGAAAAAGGUGGAAAAACUUAUAUUUUAUCUUAGAGGGCAGUGAUGCCCAACUUAUUUAUUUUGAAAGUGAAAAACGAGCUACAAAACCAAAAGGAUUAAUAGAUCUCAGCGUGUGUUCUGUCUAUGUUGUUCAUGAUAGUCUCUUUGGCAGGCCAAACUGUUUUCAGAUAGUGGUUCAGCACUUUAGUGAAGAACAUUACAUCUUCUACUUCGCAGGAGAAACUCCAGAACAAGCAGAGGACUGGAUGAAAGGUCUGCAGGCAUUUUGCAAUUUACGGAAAAGUAGUCCAGGGACAUCUAAUAAACGCCUGCGUCAGGUCAGCAGUCUUGUUUUACAUAUUGAAGAAGCCCAUAAACUCCCAGUAAAACAUUUUACUAAUCCAUAUUGUAACAUCUACCUGAAUAGUGUCCAGGUAGCAAAAACUCAUGCAAGGGAAGGGCAAAACCCUGUAUGGUCAGAAGAGUUUGUCUUUGAUGAUCUUCCUCCUGACAUCAACAGAUUUGAAAUAACUCUUAGUAAUAAAACGAAGAAAAGCAAAGAUCCUGAUAUCUUAUUUAUGCGCUGCCAGUUAAGCCGGUUGCAGAAAGGGCAUGCCACAGAUGAAUGGUUUUUGCUCAGCUCCCAUAUACCAUUGAAAGGUAUUGAGCCAGGAUCCCUGCGCGUCCGAGCACGAUAUUCUAUGGAGAAAAUCAUGCCAGAAGAAGAGUACAGCGAAUUUAAAGAGCUUAUACUGCAAAAGGAGCUUCAUGUAGUCUAUGCUUUAUCACAUGUAUGUGGACAGGACCGAACACUACUGGCUAGCAUCCUACUGAGGAUUUUUCUUCAUGAAAGGCUUGAAUCGUUGUUGUUAUGUACACUAAAUGACAGAGAAAUAAGCAUGGAAGAUGAAGCCACUACCCUAUUUCGAGCUACAACACUUGCAAGUACCUUGAUGGAGCAGUAUAUGAAAGCCACUGCUACACAAUUUGUUCAUCACGCUUUGAAAGACUGUAUCUUAAAGAUAAUGGAAAGCAAGCAGUCUUGCGAGUUAAGUCCAUCAAAGUUAGAAAAAAAUGAAGAUGUGAACACUAAUUUAGCACACCUAUUGAACAUACUUUCAGAGCUUGUGGAGAAAAUAUUCAUGGCUUCAGAAAUACUUCCACCGACACUGAGGUAUAUUUAUGGGUGUUUACAGAAAUCUGUUCAGCACAAGUGGCCUACAAAUACCACCAUGAGAACAAGAGUUGUUAGUGGUUUUGUUUUUCUUCGACUUAUCUGUCCUGCCAUCCUGAACCCACGGAUGUUUAAUAUCAUCUCAGAUUCCCCAUCUCCUAUUGCUGCAAGAACACUGAUAUUAGUGGCUAAGUCUGUGCAGAACUUAGCAAAUCUUGUGGAAUUUGGAGCUAAGGAGCCUUACAUGGAAGGUGUCAAUCCAUUCAUCAAAAGUAACAAACAUCGUAUGAUCAUGUUUUUAGAUGAACUUGGGAAUGUACCUGAACUUCCGGACACUACAGAGCAUUCUAGAACUGACCUUUCCCGUGAUUUAGCAGCAUUGCAUGAGAUUUGUGUGGCCCAUUCAGAUGAACUGCGAACGCUCAGUAAUGAGCGUGGUGCACAGCAGCACGUACUGAAAAAGCUUCUGGCUAUAACAGAACUGCUUCAGCAAAAACAGAACCAGUAUACAAAAACUAAUGAUGUCAGGUAGCAACCUUCCACCCUUCGCCGCAGUGUUCUGCAUGGAUUCAGCAUGCCCAACAUGGUAAUUCACAUCAGUAUAAUGUCUCCUUUGCUCUUGCCAAAAAAUAGCACACCUUUCCACAUUCCAGUAAUGUGUGAACUAUGCAAACAAAACUCGAGAUUCUGCUGGUAACUGCGCCAGCAGCUUUGUAAGCUAUCUGUGCAGGAUAUUUGCACUUUUUCCACAUAUGGAAUCUUUACCAACCUCUGAGCCUUGGUGUACAGAUCACCUUUCACACAAUGCUAUGACAGUAUCUUGAACUUGGAAAAUAUAUUUUCAAUACAUUCAAUUGCCAAAGUUUUGCUGUCUCUUGGAAAAAGAACUAUGAAAAAAAGCAUUCUCUGUUGACAAUUGAGUAUAACUGGAUUGCGGACUGCUCUUACUGUUACUUCUUCCUGAAUUAGGAAUAUGACCGUUUGACUGUUCAAUGACUUUAUUUGUAUUUACAGUUUCCAGAGUUUACCAUUACAAUAGGAACAAUCUUUGCUGUAUACUUUUUUAAAAUAACUGCUAUUUCUCUUUGCUGGAACUGUUGAAAGAAAAUAUAUAGAAUGGAUCUAUUGCUCAUCAGCUUUAUUUUUUAAACAUACCACUUAUUUUGUUCGAAUUGUCAAAGACUGUAUUUAGAUCUCAUAAUGCUUUUUUGUUAAAUGUUUACAACAGUAAAUAGUUUGAAUUCAAUAAAUAUUAUUGGUCACUGUGUACUGAUCAACGCAUGUUACCCAUUCAACCGUUUUAUAGAUUGCUGAUUUAUAUGUUUAAAAACCCUAGAAUGCUUUCAUUGAAAGUAUUCGUUAAUUCCAAGUUGAUUUUUUAAAUUAUGCAAACAAACAAUUUCAUCAGCCACUGAACAGCUAUCCAUCUUUGCCCUUCUGACUACUUGUUGUAUCUGCUGGAUAUUUAGUUUGACUGUAUAGUUUUAUUUGCUUCUGUAUGUGUAUUUUUGUGAAGUAUUCACAAGGGUUAAGUUAAAAUAAAACCAAGGGAUAUCAUAAAUAUCUGAUUACUUCUGUCUAAAUACAGCUAAACAUUUAAUAAUUUCAUUAUUUUCUUCCUCCUUUUAGGGGCAGUUCAAAUUUAGUACCAGAGCAAGGCCCAGGGAGAUGAGAUUUUUUUUUUUCUGGCUGAUGGUCUCUUUUGAAGGAUUCCAUUAUGUAUUUGUUAACGAUUCGUUGCCUCCCAUAAAACUGUGCAGGGGAGAGAAGGCAUACAGAGAGCCAGACAGGGAUGUACUGGGAAAAGCAUUUCCCCAGUAAAAAAAAAAAAAUUUUCUAAAGGCCUAGGUUCUAAGAGCGACACUUUGUUUCUUCCUGUAUUUUAAGCAUUCAAGUGUUAAAACUACACUAUGCAGAAAUUUUGUGACCCCUCAGUUAGCUGCAAGUACUAAAUGCUGUUAUUUGUACAGAGGUAGCUAGACCUGAAGUAGCUGUGAUCACAGUUGAACAGUGAUGAUAGCAAAACACUAACAAACACACCAGGUGCUCCUUUUUCUUGUUGUCAACCUAAUUCCAUCUUUUCCCCUCUGCUUUUCAGUUAGUUAGUUAGUUAGACAAUAGUAUGCCAUUUGGUCUCCUUCCAGGAUAGACUAGAAGGGAUAUGGACAUCUCCAAAAACAUUUCAACAAUAUGCAAAAAGGUCGAUUCUAGUGCUCAGCAAUUUGUUCUCUCCCACUACUCACAUCUCAGUUUUUUAACCAUACUGACCUGCCAUUAUCUCAAUCUGAACUGCUUCUCCUGCCUUUUAUUUCUAAAAAAACCCACAAACCUAAAGACACUCUUUUUUUUAUCUUAAUGACAUGCUUAUUAUUUCUUAAGCUGGAAUAGGAAACUUACUUGUCAUUUACCUUUGUAGGCCUUGGAGUAACUUAGGUGGUCAAUGAUGAAAUGAAACCUCUAAACAUUUUUUUAAAGGGUAGGAAAAUUUUCAGAGAUAAAUGUGGACCAUGCUCUGACGCCAAACUUUAGUGACCUAAAAAAGAAACAAGAUAAAUUCCGAACAGUUUGCCUUUCUGUCUAGAGCCUGGCAGGACCACUGCUUCACCGGGACUGCAGUGAAGGACUGUCAAUUUUGGCUUCUUCCCCUCCACUUUUAUAAAACCACACUUCAUGAAUUUUAUUCCUCAUUCCUCAAUGAGAAGGAAAUUAAAACAACACAAACCUAAAAUUAAAGAAUUAUUAUUGAAGGAUAUGCAUAUAGUAAAUAUUACCUUCAAAUACUGAAAUGUAAUUAAAUGGUACCUACACUUUAUGGAAAAGUACAUCCUGGGAUGCACUGACACUGAGGAGAGGUUUGCAUCUGUAAAACUUACUUAGAUUUAGGGCAAUUGAGUUUCUCAGAAUUCCUUCAACCCCAUUUUCCAGAAACAAUCUGACAGACCUUCAUACUCUGGUUCCAACUCUAGGAACUGAAUAAGAUCACAGUUAAGUAACUGAAUAAAUGCUAUAAUAGCCAACAUUCCUUAGCACUUUUAAAACUGACUGCUAAGUUGUGUCUUUUGUGGUGCCUUUUUAAAAAAGGAUAAGUUUGCUUAAUGACAUCUUGUGUAAACAAUAUAGGCAAAUAAAUUACAGCUUUAAUUUGGCUACCAUAGAAAGACUGAUUUGAUAUUAGUCAUGGUGGGGCAAGAUUACCCAAACCAGGUGCUAUUCUGGCUCCUUUGAAAAUGUUUUAUUUCACAUAAAGCUACCCUGAAAGGAAAAAAUUUUAAGUAACAUAAAUAGAAAAGUCUAAUAUAUUUUGAUGCUUUCACAUUACUUCAUUUUUGAAGUUAAAUGCCAGAUAUGCUUCAUCCUUCUGUUGAUUAGGUAGCAUUGACAAAUCAAUUUCAGAUGUUUAGAGGGAAUCUACCAGGUCAUCGUCAGUCCAUUCUUCCUAAGAAGGAAAGAAAAUGUUUGUUAUAAGGAUAACACUAUACUGAAGCAUAACCAGUACUGUUUACUUUCUUGCCUCCUUGCCUCCCUUUAGGAAAAUGUUCUCCUUUCGCUAUGCUGAUUAUAAAAGGUAAAUAAACCAGGAAAAUUUGUAGCAGUUUAACCUUAUAAUAAUAUGGCAUGGUCUCACCAGACUAGUCCAGUGACAGGAAUAAAUGUUACAGUUGUGAACUUCUGCCUCUGAUUAUUCAUUUUUAUCUGACUUGCCAGGUACAAUUUUUUUUUAAACAAGGGUAGGAGAAGAAUCCUUGAAGAUCAAAAAAUAUAUCCCUACUGCCUUCUAUGACCUUAGGAGGGAUUCUUCAUCAAGUAACUAUUAUACUGCUUCAGAACAGGCCAAGACAGAAGUGAGAAAAAUUCCUCUAAUAAUGGACAAUGUACAUAAAGGAUGCAAAAAAAGAAAUGAAAGCUUUCCAAUACCCAACACCUCUGUCUAUAAUGCUUGCACUCUGGAACAGUAAAAUCUUAACAUUAUGGUUGUACCAGAAUAUACAGCAAUGAUAACUUAAAAUUUACCUUUGGAGAACAUACCUCCUCAUGUUUGGAUUUCUUUGAGACAUAAUCAUCAUCUUCAUAACCUUUCCUCUUUUUCCUGUAAUUAAGCAACCAUCAACAAGCAAUCUUAUACUGGCAACAGAAUCUAUAAGCUAGCGAGGCUAUGAGAUACAUCUAUUGAAGAACAAAGCCUGGAUAAAGGGAAAGAGGUGAAAAAUUAUGGACAGAAAGACGAUAUCUUUCAAAUUACUCUUUGAAUUCAAUGCAAUUCUAAUUAAAAUUCUAAAUAACUUUUCAUGGAGCUUAUCAAGUCAAACUCUGACCUGGGAAAGAUGCUGCAAAAAUAGCAAAAGAAUCUGAAAGAGAACAAAGCAUGGGGAGCUCGUCCCACUUAACAUCAAAACACACACUAUAUAUGUAAACUAUAGUAAUUAAAAGUGUGGUAGUCGUCCCUUGGUAUCUUAAGGGGAUUGGUUCCAGGACCCCUCGUGGAUACCAAAAUCCUUGGAUGCUCAAGUCCUUUAUAUAAAAUGGCAACAGGACAGUUGGUGCUCUGCAUCUGCACAUACAGAGGGCUAUCAGCAAAGAAUUACAAGUAUCAAUGAUCAGAGCAGACAGGCAAAAAACAACCAAGUAUAUAUAGGGAUUUAAUCUGUAAUAAAUGAGUAUUUAAAAUACCUAGAGAAAAUCAUGAAAUAUUUUUAAAUGGCUGGUACAACAGGUUACUUAUUUGAACAAAAAUUAAUAUUACUAGAUUUCUACCUCAAACCAGGCACAAACAAUUGUAAAUUGCUUUUACAGCUGAACAAAAGGCAAAAUAAAAUAUUGAUUAAUUUAGAGUAAGAAAGGUGUUCAGAUGUAGGAGUGUGAAGCAAAAGACAAGGUGCCUAAAUAACAAAGUGAAAGAAACAAUAGAAGAAAAUAGCUGUAUGAUAUAUAUAGAAAGAUGGGUAUAUAAAAAGAACUACAAGAAAAUAACACCAGAAAGUUGGGCACGGGUUAUAAUUAUGCAAUACAGAAGAAACACAAAUGAUUGUUAAACACAGAAAUAUCAAUGCUUCAAAGUAUUAGGGGAAAUGCAAAUUAAAAUACCAACAUGACACUAUUUUUUCACCCAGACUGGCAAAAGUUAAAGAUUGAUACUAUUAAAUGUUAUACGAUUUAUAUGAAAACAAUUAUUUAUUGUUAUUUAAUUUCAUAUACUUAUUUCAUAUACACAUACACAGAGAAAAGCUUGGCAAAGGUAAAACACCAACUAUAAGUUACCUCUCAGUUGAAACUGGAAUUUAGGUUUUGGUCAAGGAGAACUUUGGUUUACCUGUAUUAUUGUGUAUUGAAAAAGAUAAAAGAAUUUUAAAGACCAAGGAAAGAUAUUUUAUCCUAAAGUAGUACUUACAAGUGGGUCCAUGGACCAAUGCUGCUGGUCCCUGAACCAUUUCCAGUGUGCAGUGAGAUAAGUACAGAAAUUAAGUGUAUAGUUUAGAAACUUUUAUAGCAAUUUGAUAGAUUUAUUUAUGACUGUUGAUUCUAAUAAAAUUUAAGCUUA